UAUUGAAAUCAAAACUAUUCAGUGAUGGAUUCAACAAUAACAAUGGAAUUAAAAUCCUAGAAUGGACCCUAAAUAACAUUUGAAGGACACGUGCAAAUAUUUUAAGUUUGGAGAUUGAGUUAAAGGUGCUGUAAGCAAGUCCAAGAAUAAUCUCUAAUUUUCUGGGUGGGCCCAGGCCCACCCCAGCCCACCCUUGGCUACACCACUGCUUUAGAUCAGUGUAUAAUCUCAUCAGUGGCGCAGUGUGUGGAGGGUGGCGUUUCAUAAUCUCUUUAGACAAACACUGAACACACUGUGAUCAGGCGCACAGAAUCACAUCCACACACAGAGAACACACAGACAGACUAAAGAAAACGAGUUUUCCUCUGUAAUUUUAACUCUACAAAUGUGCAUUGUGUUUUAAAAAACUUUUAAAGGAGCAUUUUUAAAGAUUCAGGGUUGUGUUGAUAUGUUUUCAUGUAAGUUUAAUCAAUUUUAUGUGUGUUUUUUCCACAGAUGAUCAAUGAAAACAUGAUGAGGAGAGAGUUUUCAGUCCCGGAUUAAAGGAAUCAUCCUAACAGUGGGUUCAAGAUUAACAUUCGAUUUCUGUACAGAUUUAAAGAAAGCACUGGUUGAAUUAAUGGCGUUUUUAGUCAAAAAGAAGAAGUUUAAGUUCCAGACUCAUUUCACACUGGAGGAGCUGACAGCUGUACCGUUUAUCAACGGAGUUCUCUUCUGCAAGAUCAGACUGGAUGGAGGAGAUUUCACUGCAUCAUCCUCCAGAGAAGAAGUCCACCAGAACUCUGUCCGCUGGAAAAAGAGGUUCUCUUUUGUGUGCAAAAUGAGCGCCAACCCAAACACUGGAGUCCUGGAUCCCUGUAUGUGUCGAGUCUCUGUGCGGAAGGAACUCAAAGGAGGAAAAGCAUAUUCAAAGAUGGGCUUCGCUGAUCUGAACAUGGCGGAGUUUGCUGGCUCGGGCUCCACCGUGCGCUGCUGUCUGCUGGAGGGAUACGACACCAGAAACACCCGCCAGGACAACUCCAUCCUAAAGGUGACCAUUGGGAUGAUGCUCUUAUCUGGAGAUCCGUGUUUUAAAACUCCUCCAAGCACCGCCAAAUGUAUAUCUGUGGCCGGUCAAGACUCUUCCCUACAGCCGGACUGUAAAGGAGAGCGAACAGCUGAAGUCGUUUUACCUCUACUGGCUAAACCAAGACCUUCUAUACUCAGUUCUGGUCUUUCUGAGGAGGCGUAUCAAAGUCAAAGUCCUGAUGAAUCGUUCCUCACGGGUCAUUCCCGCAACUCCAGUUAUGCCAGUCAACAGAGCAAGCUGUCAGGCUACAGCACCGAACACUCCUGCUCCUCCAGUCUGUCUGAUUUGACUCAUCGCAGGAACGCGUCAACAGGCAGUAGCAUGAGCACAGACGCCCCCUCUGAGAGUGACACGCACCCUGAAUGCCCUCCUCGACCUCCACGGCCCAUAUUACCCUCCAACAGACCCCCGCGGAGGAAACAAGAUUCAGUGGAAGAUCACCCGUCCUGGGUCAAUGACACCCGCUUAGAUGCCGAUGACAUUGUGGAGAAGAUAGUUCAGAGUCAGAACUUCUCUGACAACAGUAAUAAUGAAGAUAGUAACCUGAGACUCUUUGUGAGUCGAGACGGAACGACAGCAUUGAGUGGAAUCCAGCUGGGCAACAGGGUCUCUGCUGGUGUGUACGAGCCAGUCGUCAUUGAAAGCCAUUAAAAAUCUACCAGUUCUGUGUUUUCUGUUUUGCACGUCGCCUAAAAACAACUGAGGAAGAAUCACACAAACUGACGUGUUUCAAUCAACACAUUCUGUCACCAAAUUUGUUCCAACAAAACUAGUUGAAGUGCCAAAGCACUGCAGAUAUCUCCAAGAGUCCCCAAACAGGACAAUGUUUCCAUCACCAUCCACGAGUGAGUUCUGCUGACAUUGCACAAUAAAAGAAAACUGUGGAGGAGACCAUGAAAUAGUUCUUCUCUCCAAGUAAAGAUUGUACUUUUGAAUGGAGAUCUCAUCUAGUACCACUGACAGCCUGUGAUUACAUCAUAUUUAUGUUGUCUACAUACAGUUGUGUGUAUUUUGUCUUGCCUAUUUCUUUGUAUACUGAACGUGGUUUCAGAUCUAUAAGUGUUCUCUUGGUUUGCUGUUUUCUGAGUCUCUUUCUGUGAAUAUUCAGUUGCUACAUUUUGGUAAACCUCAAGGGACGUUUGAAAUGCACUCUAAAGGUUCUUUAGUUGCCUUAAAGCACUACUAGAGCACCAGUGUCUGAGUACUGUGAAGGGAAAAGAGAUGUUCUCUGACCAACCUGCUGGAAAAAAACUGCUUAAACCGGACUAAGAGUGUUUGCUGGUCUUUGCUGGUAUAAGCUGUUUUUUUCUUUGGUAUUUGGGGUGAAAUAUGACCCAUGUUCUUGACCGGUUUUGUGAUAUUCACUGUAACACCCAACCAGGGGCGUGUCCAGGUCUUUCCCCAGGGGUGGCAAAGGGGUGGUGGCAAGAGUCGAGUAAGGGGUGGCAUGCAGUAAGUCGUCUGUUGUGUUGUGCUGUGACGUCUGUUGGGGUGUGUGUGGUGGAUUUGUCUCCCAGAAACGGGUGGAACGUUGUUAUGGGCCAUGCGUGACACGGACGGGUUAAGCCAUUGCGCACCGUCUCCAGGAUGCGAGCAGGGUAUGAGUUGGGGUGGCAAAGCUAAUUUUUACCCCAUGCCAGCCUUCUCGCCACACCCCUGCACACAGCUACUUUUUUGGGGGCCAAACCUCAUCUAGAUCGUACUCAUAUCAGUAAAUGUCUGAUCUAAAUACAGUCAGUGGCAGGACCAGUCUGGCUUUUGUUACAUUAUUCGGACAGGUGUUAAACAUUUUGGAUACAGGAGAGUUGAUUUUUGUUUUUGUUUUUUUGAGCAUGGAACAGUCAUGUGCUGAUGAAUAUUCGACUCUUGAAAAGUCACUAACAAUUCCAAUACAGAGAAACUCCUCCACCCCUUUCCUAGAUUUUCCAAAACCAGCUGGCUGGUUAUUUUCCUGCACAAAAAGUUUUGUUUGGGGUUUACACGUGGUUCAAAUGUUUUUAUGUUGAAGUGCAUUUGAGGUUUCUCAGUUGUGUACGGUGCUGCUGAUUAUGAACUGAGUUCUUGUAGAAUUCUUCUGACUGCUUUAUUCCAAGCACAUAGAGUUUUUAAAUGAUAUUUUUGAAGAGUUCACAGAGAUGCUUCUAAUGAGAAUAUAUUCUACAUUUGGAUAACAUCAAAAACAUGCACGACAUUUAGCACUAAUCACAAUUUCACAAAGUGUCUUUAACUCUGGAGAUUCUUCUCUGGAUCACACAAGCAGAAUGAAGUUCAUGUUUUCAGCACCAAACACACAACUCUAUAGAUUUUGAUUGUAACUCUUGUCUGUGGCAGGUUAAAGCGCAUGUAAGCUAACAUUUUAAUGCUAUAUUAAUGAGAUAGACCUAUAACUUAAGAAAUGUCUAUAAUUUCAUUCACUUGUAUUACUAUUGUGAAUCAAGUGUACUUUUAAUCAAUAAAGUUUAAGAAACAGUU